AUGGCGUCUGCCUCCUCAUCUCACAGAAGUUCUUCCAGUGAUUUUCAGAUGGAAACUUCGGUUGUAUCUAAGAAAAUAUAUGAUGCAUUCAUCAACCACCGAGGCCCUGACGUCAAAGAAACUCUGGCUUUUGCACUUUACGAUUCGCUGGAGGAAGAGGGGUUUUGGACAUUUCUUGAUGAUAUGGAAAUAGAAUUGGGAGAUUCAAUUGAGUCUGCCAUAAAAAAUGCCAUUUACUCUUCUAAACUGCAGAUUGCCAUCUUUUCACCGCGAAAUGCGGAGUCCUCGUGGUGUCUAGAUGAGCUGCUUCUCAUGUUGGAAACCAAGGCUCGCUUUAUUCCCAUAUUUUGUGAUGUGGAGCCUUUUGAACUCCGCUACCCUGACAUGGGAGUUUAUGCAGCUGCAUUCGCCAAACAUGAAGAAAAGGGCAGAUUCAGCAAGGAGAGGCUUGACCAGUGGAAAGAAGCGCUCCACUCUUCUUCACUCAUUUCUGGCUACGAAUUCAGCACAUCUAAUGAGUAA